UCACUUCAUAAGGGGUUCAAUACGUUUCGAUUGAAUUUCAAUAUGAACGGGGUGUCGAAAACCCUUGCUGAGUUGCAUGGGAUGCUCAUGACUGCCGAGCAAAACAUCACUAUUGCACCUAAGAAGGAAGUUCUUAUGGUUCAAAAGGAAAAGGGUUUUAAGAAGGAAUGGGCUGGCAAGAAAAAGCAAGAUAAGGGCAAGCAAGUUGCCACUAAGACUGCUAUUAAGCCACAGGCAAAGGCAAAGCCAAAGGUGGCCGCAAAUGCCAAGUGCUUCUAUUGUGAUCAAAUAGGUCAUUGGAAGCGUAACUGCCCAAAGUACUUGAAGGAUAAGAAGUCUGGGGCUUCUUCUUCAGGGACUAAGAAGGAGUAGAACCUUGGCUAAAGGAGAGGUGGAACUGCGAGUUGGAAAUGGUGCAAGAGUUGC